GCUCGGCUCGGUGGUUGUCAUUUGUCGCGUCGUCUGCUGGCGUCUGCUUCUCUCUCGAGUCAACACCAAGCUGGAGGCGGCGUCCUCGUCCUGGAGCGAGCUGCGGCCGAAAAUGGCUCAGCCGGCCAGGAAAAUGCACAGGACAUACAAGGAGCUGCCCAUUGUGGUCGUGGAGAACCACCACGAAGUGAUCCCCUUCAUCUACAAGGCUAUUGGCGCCAAGUACCUCCCACUGCAGGGCAGUGUUAUGAUUCACCUGGAUUCCCACCCCGAUAUGUUGAUACCCAAUGAUAUGAAAGCAGAAACAGUGUUUGAGAAGUACGCCCUCUUCGAGCACCUGAGCAUCGAGAACUGGAUCAUGCCCGCCGCCUACGCCGGCCAUUUCAACAAAAUUUGUUGGGUUAGGCCGCCCUGGUGCAACCAGAUCAGAGAGGGCACUCACUCCUUUCAUAUUGGGGAGGAAAGAAACAGCAAGUGCAUCAGGGUGACCUGCGGUGAACCCUACUUUGUUUCCGAUGCUUUGUACGCUCCCAUCGAGGAUCUUGCGAAUGCCAAACCAGUUGACUUGGAAGUGGUAACUCUCGGGAAAGUGAUUGAAGAAAAUGGCUCAGAUGAUUUCAAUGAACUAGGGAGAGUAGUAAGAAAUUGUAUCAGCGAUCAAACGUACAUUCUGGAUAUAGAUCUUGAUUUCUUUUCUACACGCAACCCUUUUCUCUCCUUGUAUGAGGAUGCAGAGGUGUAUGAAAGACUCAAGAAACUAUACCGUUUUCCAAACAACGAAACUAAUGAUAUAAAUACUCGAACUGCAAAAAGAAAAGAUCAAAUUGAAAUACUGAGUAAGUUCUUCACACAUCUAGCAAAAUAUAACAGCAUGGGCAAUCUGAGUACUGAAUUGUGUUCAUCAGAUUAUAUGUUUGGGGUGCAGUCAUUAUUUGAUGAGAUUCAAAAAUAUUAUCCGCAGACGAAGAUUGACUGGGAAACAAUACAUGAUGCAGGUUGUACAUGCGAUGAAUCAGGAUUGCCAGAACAUGUUACAAGUCGAGAAGACAUAACAAAAAUGAUUGAUGUUUCUCUUGCUGGACUCCUCGCCUCACUUCCUCAUCCCCCAAUUAUGAUAACAAUUUCUCGUUCGAGUUACGAUAAUUAUUGUCCCCCAGAAGACGUGGAUUUUAUUCAGAAUUCUGUCUUGAAACUUCUGAAUGAAAAAUAUUCCCCUGUAAAAAUUACACUUGAUUAUGAGGAUAAAUAUCCAGACCAGACUCCAAACUAUGAUGUACCUGGUCCACCUCCUGUGUAUUAAAUUUAUGUAGAUAGGUUCUUUUUUGUGAUCUCUCUAACACUGUGACCUCCUUGUUAUCUGAAUCAUGUUCCAAAUUACAUUGACUUGAAGUUAACUUUGACUGAUUUUGCAUUCUGUAGUUUAAGCCGGUGAUGGAUUUUUUUCUUAAAUUUUGUCAGUGUGUUCUAUAUACAUGGCAGGAAAAUCAUUAGUAUUCAGGCAUUGCCACUGCUUUGAUGAGACAGAAUUCAAUGCAAGUACAACUUCACAACAAAGAGCAUUGAUGAGGAGCUAUAUAAAAAUAAGGAAUAAAAAAAAUCUAAAGAA